AUGCAAGUAAUAAUACUAACCAUUCUUUGCAUACUGUUUUCAUGGAUUUUCAUCCAUAGGUUGAAGCAUGAGAAUGGAAAAGGGCCAAAAACGUGGCCGUUUUUGGGAGCGGCAUUGGAGCAGCUCGCGAACUACAACACCAUGCACGACUGGAUACUCAGAUAUUUGUCGAAAUCAAGAACCGUAGUCGUGCCGAUGCCCUUCACGACUUACACGUACAUCGCUGACCCUGCUGACGUAGAGCACGUCCUAAGAACAAAUUUUUGCAAUUAUCCAAAGGGUGAAGUUUACCAUUCAUAUAUGGAGGUGUUGCUUGGAAACGGCAUUUUCAAUGUCGAUGGGGAGCUUUGGAGAAAACAGAGGAAAACAGCUAGCUUCGAGUUUGCAUCCAAGAAUUUGAGGGAUUUUAGCACAGUUGUUUUCAGAGAGUAUAGCCUUAAACUUUCUGAAAUCCUCAGUCAAGCAUCCCACAAUAAUCAGACAGUAGAUAUGCAGGAGCUUUUGAUGAGGAUGACACUCGACUCCAUAUGCAAAGUGGGAUUUGGAGUGGAAAUCGGGACAUUGGCUCCAAACUUGCCGCACAACGAGUUUGCUAAGGCAUUUGACUCUGCAAAUGUGACGGUGACUCUCAGAUUUAUUGACCCUCUGUGGAGGAUAAAGAAGUUCUUGAAUAUCGGGACAGAGGCCGUGCUCGAUCAGGAUAUAAAAACCAUCGACAAUUUUACGUACUCAGUUAUCAAGAGGAGGAAGGCAGAAAUAGAACAAGGGUUGGGAAAUAACAAAGUUGAAAAGAUCAAACACGACAUAUUAUCAAGGUUCAUAGAGCUAAGCCAAGAUCCAGCCAACAACAUGACCGACAAGAGCCUGAGGGAUGUUGUCUUGAACUUUGUGAUUGCGGGCCGGGACACAACUGCAACAACUCUCUCAUGGGCCAUCUACAUGAUAAUGAGCCAUCAAGAUGUGGCCCAAAAGCUCUACACGGAGCUAAGAGACUUGGAACGGGAUUUAACUAAUGAUAAUAAUUAUGAGGAGAAUGAGGAUGAUCGAGAGUCGUUUGAUCAGAGAAUAGUUCAUUUUUCAGGACUCUUGAGCUAUGACUCGUUGGGGAAGCUUUACUACUUGCAUGCUGUCAUAACCGAAACACUUCGGUUGUACCCUGCUGUUCCUCAGGAUCCGAAGGGCAUCUUAGAAGACGACGUUUUACCAGAUGGAACAAAGGUGAAAUCAGGGGGCAUGGUGACUUACGUACCGUACUCCAUGGGAAGAAUGGCUUACAAUUGGGGGCCCGAUGCAGCUUCAUUCAGGCCCGAGAGAUGGCUGAAAGAUGGAGUUUUCCAAAGCGCAUCCCCAUUUAAAUUCACUGCUUUCCAGGCGGGACCACGGAUGUGCCUCGGGAAGGACUCUGCAUACCUGCAGAUGAAAAUGGCACUUGCAAUUUUGUGCAGAUUUUAUGAGUUCAAGCUGGUGCCUGGCCAUCAAGUCAAGUACAGGAUGAUGACCAUACUUUCCAUGGAGAACGGACUCAAACUCGGCGUGUCAAGACGCCCGGUCGAGCUUCGCGAUGUUGGAAUCAGCGUGAGGUGGUCGUGCACGGAGGCCGGGAAGCUUGAGAUUGUCGGGCGGCACUCAAAAUCGCCGUGA